AUGGCAGGGGAAACUGCGUUGAUUGGAAAAACAUUAGAAAUUAACCUUUCACUUCUGCUCAAAUUUCAAGAGAAUAUAGUGAUAGAUUUUGUAGAACAUGAUGGUUUGCUGAUAUUAGGUAAGGGAUUAGGUGUCAACCAUAUUGUUGCAAAUCUUUUACACGUACUGAUGCACUCCGUGGGCGGUAAUUCAAAGAAGCGAUCUUUGAUAAUGUUGAUCAAUGCUACGGAACAAGAAAAUAAUACUAUUGAAGAAGAACUACUCGAACUUUCAUGGAAUUCAAGUACAGGGAAUCUGAAUUCAAUCCCAAAUCCUGUUGAUAAUAAAAGCAUUGAUAUUUUCUCAUCAAUUUUAGGAGAUGCAGGUACAGUUGAUAAGAGGCGUAAACUGUAUGCAAAUGGGGGGAUAAUAUCAGUUUCCAACCGUGUUUUGGUUACUGACAUUCUAAGUCAUGUUAUUGAGCCUGAAAACAUUACUGGCCUAGUUAUCUUGCAUGCAGAGAAUAUUUCCCAAUACUCAAUGGACAGAUUUGUUGUCAAUCUAUACAGAAGAACAAACAAGUGGGGUUUUGUAAAGGCUAUAUCAGAUAACCCGGAGAAAUGCUGCAGAGAUUUUCAGCCAUUGGCAACUAAGAUGAAGUACUUCAAGGUGGAUAAGUCCUACCUUUGGCCUCGAUUCCAUGUUCGUGUGACAGAGUCAAUUCAGAGGUUGUCGAAAAAAAAGGGAGCAACUUCUGAGAAAAUUACGGUCACUGAAGUUCGAAUAAAAAUGACUGAUUACAUGCAAAAAAUUCAAAACUCUUUAAUGGCCAGUAUUGAAACUUUACUAGGCGAACUAAGAAGAAAUAACCCUGACAUUGCUUCUGAUAGGUGGUCUAUGGAGUAUGCAUUGGACCAAAAUUUUGUCCAAUCUAUUGUUGCUGCGAUGAACCCCGUUUGGCAUAGGGUUUCAAUAACAACUAAAAAGUUGAUAUCAGAAAUCACUACUUUGAAACAAUUUUUGGAAGAUUUGUACAAACUAGAUUCCGUUUCGUUUUAUCACAAUAUUAAAAACUACAUUGAUGAACACAGAAUGUCGUUAAAUCAAAAAGAAUCUCUAUGGCUCAUGAUUCCUGAAUCGACAGCGACAAUUGCUUGCUCAACUGACCGGGUUUUUAGAAAAAUCGGGACCAAGGAGGGGAACACACAAAAAAAGUAUCUUCUGGAAGAGUUACCCAAAUGGGAACAGCUAUUGUUUAUUUUGGAUGAAAUAAACGAUGAAAAACGCUUGAAAGACUCCUCGGAUGACGGCCCCAUAGUGAUUGGCUGUUCAUCUAGAAGGAUCUGUUGCCAACUUGAAAAGGUCAUGCACAGCUACAGGAUACAGCAACUUAAGAAGACAAGGUGCUAUAGCUUCAAACGGAUUAUGGAAUCUGAACUUAAGUAUCAACAGUGGAAAAAAUCAUCUGGAAGUAUCAUGAGACGUAUGAAUGAAGAACUAAAGAAAGUAAAAUCAAAUUCUAAUAUUGCCGACGAGGUUACAGUCUCCAAAACUUUUACGAGAGCAAGCACAAGAAAUUCUGAUAGACGGCGGACCAGAGGAGGUUCUGUUAUGGCACGACACAACAGAUUACUAAAUUUGACAACCGAAGUAGUAGACGAAGGUGAUAAAGACCUGGAAAAUAGUGAUGUAGACAAGCUUAAUAGCUACGGAGAAGAAUUAAACGAUACGGCAGAUUUCAAAGGGAUGAAGUUAGAUGCCAUCGAGGAUUCCCCUGUGCAUUUGGAAGUAGAAAAAAUGAGUUGUGCAUUUAUAGAAAGGGCUGAUGAGAUUAUCAUUUCCACUUUUGAUACCAUUGAUCUUGAAGAAAUUAUGCCAUCUUAUAUUAUAUGUUAUGAACCGGACUUAACAUUUGUGCGUAACAUUGAAUUAUACCAGGUCUCAUUAAAGCCCUCAAAGUGUUUUUUUAUGUAUUACGGAGAAUCGGUUGAAGAACAGAUGUAUUUAAACUCAAUAAAGUAUGAAAAAGAUGCAUUUACUAAAUUGAUCCGAGAGAAGGCUAAUAUGCCCAAGUUUUUCAACACUGCCGAUGAUGAAAAAAUAAGGUUUGAUGGAAACUCAAGAAAUUUAAAUUCUCAAACUAGAAUAGCAGGUGGGAGUACGGUGACCGUUAAGAGCAAUAAAAUUAUUGUUGAUAGUAGAGAAUUUAAUUCACAAUUACCUUUUGUUUGUUUCUUGGCGGAUAUUGAAAUUAUACCUGCAAUGCUAACAGUGGGUGACUAUAUUUUGUCUGAUGAAAUAUGUGUCGAAAGAAAAGCGGUACGUGAUUUGAUAGAAUCCUUAGAGAAUGGUAGAUUGAUGAAACAGUGUGAGAAUAUGUUUAAAUGGUACAAAAAGCCAGUAUUGUUGAUUGAGUUUGAAGAAGGGAAGUCAUUUUCUUUUGACCCAUUUACAACAGGAUAUUUAACUCGGAAUUCUUCGAAAAGCGUUUCUAACUAUGAGCUCGAACAGUUGCAACUGAGGAUUGCUGCUCUAAUUGCUUCAUUCCCUAAGUUGAGUAUUAUUUGGAGCAGCUCACCCUUUGAGACUGCUAAAAUUUUCAAGGAGUUAAAAGCUGUUUCAAAGGAACCAAACCUUGAUUAUUCUUUAGCCGCCGGUACUGGCGAUUUAAUUUCAGGCUCAAGGUUUAAUGAGGAUGCACUCAAUUUUUUGAGGUCGAUACCGGGAAUAACUGAAGCUAAUUCACUUUUGAUUAUUAAUAAAGUUCAGUCUUUAUACGAGUUUUGUCAAAUGAGCGAAGAGGACAUUGGUGCCAUUAUUGGAAGAGAGAACGCUAAAAAGGUGUUUGACUUUUUAGAUGCUAAAUAUAAUUAG